GUCCUUGUGGAGGUGAGUGAUGCAGCUGGCAGUGCCGGAUAAUCACCCUCAUCAUCCUCCUAAUCCCCGCCUCUCCCCGGGCACACACCGCUCACUGCCUGUUAUUACAUUCUAGGUGGGAAUAAGGAAUGGCCUUCCCUGCCGAUCUCUUGGAGAACUGUAGCCAUGAUGAACUGGAGAGCCUGUCAGAGGAUUAUUUGUCUUACCUCCGAUGUGCUGACCCUGAUAAUCCGGAGUAUUUAUCACCGCAGAUUGGAAGAGAGGUACCAAUCAGACUUAGUACAGUAGGAUAUGUCCCACUUUAUGGAGGAGAUCAGACACACAAAAUCCUGGCUCUUUUUGCACCCGAAGAUUCAUUGACAGCUGUGGCACUGUAUCUUGGUCACCAGUGGUGGACAAUAGAUGACGUUGUUAGGACAUCAAACUCCUCUCGAGAAGGCCUUCAGCAGGCCAGGUCUCUUGGAGAAAGAAUUGUUCUAUACGUGCUAAACCGAAUUAUAUAUCGAAAGAAAGAAAUGGAGCGGAAUGAGGUUCCCUUCCUGUGUCACAACAGCUCAGACUAUGCCAAGAUUUUGUGGAGGAAGGGGGAAGCCAUUGGAUUCUAUUCUGUGAAGCCUUCGGGAAGUAUGUGCACAGCAUAUCUAACACAAAACUACACGCUCCCAGUUCUGGACACGAUGUUUGUGAGAAAGCGAUAUCGUGGUAAAGAUUUUGCUUUACAAAUGCUUGAAGAUUUUGUUGACUGUUUCACAGAAGACUCACUUGGACUGAGGUAUCCUCUGUCAUCGUUAAUGUAUACAGCCUGCAAACAGUAUUUAGUCAAGUACCCUGGAGACCAGGAGCUGCUUUGGGAAGUUGAAGGAGUUGGUCAUUGGUUCCAGAGAACACUUAUCUCCACUAUUAUAAAGAGAGAAUCACAGAGAUUAUUGGAAACCGAAGUUGCCAAAGACGAUGCAGUUCCUCAGUCUACAGAACAAGAGUCAGUGCAGCCACCAGCCGAAUCCCAGAUAGAAGAUUCACAUGAGACUAAGCAAAAGGAGGACAUUCAGAUAGUGGAGAGCAAGUGCGCAGACAAGCAGGUGGAACCAGAUGAGGAAAAAACUGUUACAAAUGCUGAUGCCAGUACUGCUGAAGAACAUGACGUAACACCUGUCUCCACUCGCACAAGAAGCAGUCAUCUGAAGCGGCCAAAGAUUGGAAACAAAGUUGUUGAAACAGUGGUGGAGGAGACUGCUAGCAGUGAUCUUGCAUUCAAUAAACUGGAGUCUAAAGAGCAGAUAGUGGAGAAUUUCAAAGAACUCAUUCAGCAGCUCGCAGAAGAAAAAGAUGAGAUUGACAUGAGCAAGCUACAGGAGGAGAUCUCUGCCAAGCCAGUGAAGCAAAUGUUAAGUGAGAGUCAGGAUUCUGAAAAAGAGGAAAAUAGUGAGGACAAACAGGAGGUUGAAUUGGAGCCAGUAAAUGGUGAUAUCACAAAGGAAGUCUUUGAGCCUCAGCUGGUAAAUGCACAUGAAAUACCAAGAGAAGCUUCAGAUGCAGGAUCCAAUUUAGAACCAGGGGACAGUGAUGGAAAAUAUCUCACCACCCUGGUUUCAGUUAACAUGGACUUAGAGAAAUCCUUUGAAGACUCAUUUCCACACCAGGUCUUUUCUCCAGAUGAGCUAGAGGCUGCCUCCGAUGAAAACAUGAUAACCGGACUGGAGGAAACAGUCAUACAAAAUGAGGAGUUUAAAGAGAGAAUGGUAACAAAAUCUGCUGAAGACCAUACAGAUAAUGGCCUUCCUGGCGACACAGAGGGCAGUACUGCAGAAGAGUGUCCAACAUCUGACGAAACAUCUACCCUGGACACCGGCUCCAUAGAAGAAACAGUUCACGUCACAGCAGAAACGUUGCCUUUUCUCCGGCAAGGUGGGCUUCUUGUGGUUGAACUUCAGGAUGUAGCAUUCCGGCACCAAUCUGAUGGACAAAGGAGCAUUUCUGGAGAACAGUCUGAAGGAUCUGUGGAGACCGAUCAGUCAGCCCAUAAAUCUAGAGAGAGAGGCGCCGAGAGCAGUUCAGAAGAAGUGGAGACAGAGAUUCCCAUAGUAGGCAGAAGAGGUGGUCUGCGCAGGAAGGGCAGGGGCUAUAAAGGACCCCCCAAGAGAAAAGCCAAGUUAUCAGCUUAGCUGAUGGUAGUAUGUACCUUACAUGUUCCCCUUCACACAAUAUUUGUAAAACAGGAUAAUCUAGAUUUUUUUUUUUAAAGUUCUAUAAAGUUGUGCAGCAUAGGUCACAGACAUUUGUAUUUGUUAAAUUUUAAAGUUUUCUGGUUCAUGUUAUUUUUUUCUAUUUGUGUUUUUUGUGUGUUUUACCAGUCUCACGUUUCUUAUUACGUCGCACACACUUGGCACUCAGGUGUCAGAACCUAGCAAAAAGCACAAGUGUGAAAUGACGGGCACAU